CUGAACGCAGAGAGCUCUGCAGCGCAGCAGCAUAACUCAAUGAUCUGGACACACGAACGGAUUUACCUUUACGAAAAUGCGAAUACAUUCAAACAUAACAUUAGAACUUGACAUCUGAUGUCUGUUGUAUAAUAACAGUGGAGCGAUUUGAGUAGGUUUUUUGGUUCUUGCAACGCCGUAUUUUUCAUGACCCGCAGACCCAACCCUACAACUUAAAGACAGGCAGUGGAGACCAGAGCAUUCACCCUUCGUGAGACCUCGUGCGUUGUUUUCUUUCUUUUAUAUAUAUAUAUACCUACACUUUUGUUGUUGCUGUUGUUGUUUUUUGCUGGAACUCUAGUGGUGCGACAACAACUCGCAUUCACGGGUAUAACCUGCGUAUAAUCGACAAGUAAGAAGAAGAAACGUUUCAUAGUCUGUGAAGUGGAACCAAAAACAAAACCUAGGGUACCAUGGACAGCGAUUUAUAAUUUGAUUGCCCAGCCACAAGAGUUCCUAUUCUUCAAACCUUCAUUGUGUUCCAAAGAUGGAGACCCAGGGGAACACAUCUGUUUUUCAUUAUCUGAACCAAUCUUCCCUCCAUGAUCAAGACAAAAAUGAUUCUCUUCCCACAAGCAUUGAUAGCGACAGUAAUAAGAUCCUGGCUGUAAUUUAUCUCAUUGUGUUCAUACUGGGCUUGACUGGAAAUACGUUAGUUAUCUUUGUGGUUCUGCGAUAUGCUAAGAUGAAGACGGUUACCAACAUGUAUAUCUUAAACUUGGCAGUAGCUGAUGAGCUGUAUGUACUUGGACUUCCUUUCCAAACCACUCACAAUUUACUCAACUACUGGCCAUUUGGCAGCUUUCUGUGCCGUGUUAUGAUGUGUGCAGACACCGUCAGUCAGUUCACCAGCACCUUUUGUUUGACAGUGAUGAGUAUUGACCGUUACAUGGCUGUGGUUCAUCCCAUCCGCAGUGCAAAAUGGCGGCGGCCAAGUGUUGCUAAGGUCAUAAACUGUAUGGUUUGGGCUCUGUCCUGUAUUUUGGCACUUCCAGUCAUCAUUUACGCAAAUGUUCAAGCCGGACAUAACACCUGCAACAUAAACUGGCCAGAACCAAGAACCGCAUGGUCAGUGGCCUUCAUACUUUACACUGCCAUCUUAGGAUUCUUCUGCCCUUUGUUGGUCAUAUGCAUAAGCUACCUCCUCAUCGUUGUCAAAGUAAAGUCAGCUGGAGCCCGAGCAGGACUCGCCAAACGACGCAAAUCAGAAAGGAAGGUGACACGCAUGGUGGUAAUCAUUGUGGUUGUGUUUGUGCUCUGCUGGCUCCCAUUCUUCAUCCUCAACAUUAUCAAUGUUUUCAUCUUCCUCCCAACCGAGAUGGAUGGUGUCUACUUUCUCAGUGUUAUCCUGACAUAUAUGAAUAGCUGUGCCAAUCCUGUUCUGUAUGGCUUCCUGUCUGACAACUUUAAGCAGAGUUUCCAGAAAGUCCUCUGUGUCCACAAGGCCAAUGGGGUGGAGGAUAGUAACCCUGGACGGGCACGCAUUGAGAGUGCCAGCCAACAGGACCCUUUCAUCUCCCCGAGAGCCACUGACUCCAAUAGCCAUGGCGAGAACCAUCACGCUUAUCAGAUGGAGUCUGGAGGUAAUGCCAAAGUGGAACUUCUGCCCUCUGUGAUCAGUCAGUCAACAAUAUGAUUAUUUUCUACCUUAGAAAUCAUAGAGACGAACUGGAGAAAAAGGAUGGUUGAUCAAUCAAUCCAGUAUUGAGAGCUGAUAUCUAAUUAUUUGAAACUCAAGAACAUGAAUAUCCAUUUUACAGCUGCCUGCUCAGUUCUUAAUGAGGGGAGUUCUGCAGCAGAAACUGCUUUCAAUCUUCAAGCUGUGACAGAAGAAACUGACGGGUAGGGAAAAUAUUCCCUGUGCUGGAAAUUUUUUUUUUCUUUUUUUAAGGAUGGAAAACACAAUUUGGGUCUGGACCAGUUAAUGGGGCUGGGAAACUUGGGAAGCUGUACAACUCUUUGGUGACCUCUGACUUAAGCCUAUUGAGACUAUUAGGAGAGGAAGUGGUUUGGUCAUGCUGCAUUGGGAAGGAAACUCAAGAUGAGUUCUGGACAGCUCUACGUGGUCAGCUGUCCUAACAAUCUCACACACUCUCUAAAAAUCAUAAGGAGUCUCAAUGGAGUAUUCACCAUCCCCUUGGAAAAAUCAUAAGGAUAAACUGGAACAGCCACCAGAAAGAAACAGAAACUCACAUGCCAAAUUCGUGUUUGGCAGAAGUUCACAAUUAGUUUUUAUUCAUUAAGAACACACUGUCCUUAUUGACAAAGGGAUUUAUGCUGUUGAUAUGAAAAGACAUUGAGAACUUACAGUUCUCAACACUUACCUUACAUUUAUGCUUUUUGCAAUGUUGGGAUUUUGGCUGAACUAACCAGUAUUUCAACCUAGAACUGAUAUUGUGGAAUGUGAUGAUGUGAACAAUUGCUCAUGCUGUUGUACCAUACAUAACUUACUGAUUACUUGUGGCAUUUGUAGUACACUCUAGUAACUCAUAGCCAAACGUGGAUGUUUUUCAUUAUUUUAAAAUUGUUUUAAUUACAGAGUACUGUUUCACUGUCUCAUCUUUGCUGUCGUCUGAAACCUUCACUGUGUUUUAAUCGUAAAACAGCAAUGAAGAAAAGUUGUAACAUAACACUAGUUGUAAACAUGUUUAUGCUUUCUCCUAUAAAGUGACCAUUUCGGAGAUGUGGUUUGUUAGGAGAGCAACAAUAUAGUCAUAUUAUUGCCAAAGGACCUGCAUUAUUUCAGACCACUAGCCCUGAAAUCCUAAUCAAAUAAGGAUGUUUCACAGAGAACAAAACAUGCCAUUUUAAUUUUCUUUCUUCCUCAUUUAUUAUUCAGGUAAAACACAACAGGCCAGCUUUUAAAAUCCAAACAAAAGUAGCCAAAUAUUUAUAUUUACUUUUACUUUCCCAUUAACUUAUUUUUUGGUAAGAAAUCCCUCAAGAUACAAAGUUUGCAACAAAUGUUUUUAUGGUUUUAAUUUAGGUAUUUAAUAGUAUAUGGUACUAUGGCACAACACACACAAACAUACACAAAUAAAUUAAGUGAAAUCUUAUCUUUUUUCCAUAAACUCUAAACUGAGGUAAUCUGUUUUUGCUGUAAACAAAAGAUCAGAAGAGUGUUGUUUCUUUUCAAAAGACCGUGUGUUGCAUGUAGGUUUGGCUGGACAAACCAGUUAGCCAAGCUGUUGCAGCAGGGUGAGCAUGCAAAAACAGCUUCAGCCUGAGAAUGUGACUUGAUGUCAAUGAUCUUCUAAGGGUUUCAUUUAUUAAAACAAAGACUGAAACACAUUUCAUGACAUUAUGGAAAGAAAAAUUUUUUUUCACAUGACAAAUAAAUCAUUUAGAAUAUUGAUAAAGAUGGUAAAAAACAUUUAAAGGUGUUUCUGAAGGCACACAUACAAAAUAGCACAUAAACUACUAUACAUGUAUGUUGCAUCACUGUAUGUUUUAUCACUGUUCACUCGCCUCACUUCCCCUGACCUGCCCCCAUAUCUGAGUUGUUUACUGAAAACCUCUUUUUUUGUAUGCAGGGAUCUGCAGGUGCCACGGUGGAAACACAGUGCACCCUUUUCCACAAAAUUUAGCUCCAUGUCCUGCAUUCCAUGUCUCCAAGACUGCUGCUUAUCCUCAAGGUCACACUGAAGGACACCUUUGUCUGAGUUGUAUCAUGCACUCCACAAACAGGACUACAUGCCAGGCAUGAAACACUUGUAACACCGCUAUGCUAAAAUAAAGAUCAUGUUCAGUGUGUCUCAGUAA